AUGCGUCUUCCCCUUCGGGAUUCGGCUUCGCAGCGUCCGUUGUCUGGGACAAUUUUAUUUGAUCAAUCGAAAAAGGAAGCUUCGACUUUGGGCCAACACUUCAAGGAGUUGAAUAAACGUCUAAAGUCCUCCUGGAAAGUAUUGGUGUAUGCUGAACUGCACAUGUAUAGAAACACUGAUGAAAUUACAAGUGAACGAAUUGAGUGUGCCAAGGUUUUUAUUAUUACAGGUCCAAUGGAAAAAUUCAGCAUUGAUGAAGUAGGUGGGUCACUUCUGGUUUUACUUGGAGAAAAUGGGGAAAGCAAAUACCAAACAAAUAUCAACUACUUGUUGGAGCAAUAUGGCAUCUUAGUUAAUAAUGAUUCUGUGGUUAGGACCUCUUACUAUAAAUACUUCCACCCGAAAGAAGCGCACAUACCCAACGGAAUAAUAAAUAGGGCCAUCGGUGAAGCCGCUGGAAGAGCCACCACCGACCCAGGUGGUGAUGAAGUAUGUCCCAAGCAGGCUCUUCAAUUUCUAUACGCCUUCGGAGCAACAUUGAAUGUCGUAAAACCGGCGAAUGUUUUGCUAUCCACAGGGAGUGUUGCUUUUCCUCUCAAUCGGCCAAGUUCCAGUGGUAAGUCGGGGAAAUUGGCUGUUGUUGGGAGCGUAGCAAUGUUUACGGAUACCUACAUAAACAAAGAGGACAACGCGAAGAUCUUCGAUGUCAUCAUGACCUUUCUAACCUCGGAGACGUUCAUGCUGAACGCCAUUGACGCUCAGGAUCCAGAGAUUGAGAUGUACUUUCAGAUUCCUGAUAUCUCUACAUUGGCCAACAACUUAAAAGCAUGUCUUCAGGAGAGUGAUGAGCUCCCACGCAACCUUGAUGCAGCUUUUGAUCAGAAGCUCUUUGCGAUGGAUACAUCCAUGGUUCCAAAAGCUCUUGCAGCCUACGAGAAACUACGAGUCAAACAUGAACCACUCACCUUGAUAACGCCAGAAUUUGAAACACCUCUCCCUCCACUGCAGCCCGCGGUGUUUCCUCCCAACUUUCGUGAAUUAGAACCACCAGCUCUCGAAUUAUUCGACCUCGAUGAACACUUUUCUUCCGAAAAAACACGUUUAGCUCAAGAGGCGAAUAGAUGUACCGAAGAUGAUCUGGAAUACUUUAUUCUCCACUGUGGGGAGGUCUGUGGAAUCGCCCAAAAGCUACCUCAAUCGCAACGAACGGCUCGAAACAUACUUGAACUCACUCUGAUGGAGCUCAUCGAGUUUAAGAAAAUGAAUUUGGACAACGAUGAAAUCUCAUCAUGGUAA